GCAUGCACCGUGUUUCGUACGCACACAGUUAGAAUUAUACAAUACAAAAUAAGUUUUUUCAUCCGUUUUGAACAAGUGAAGACAAGCCUCAUUUACAAUUGUUUAAAUUGCGGAUAACAAAAAUAGUUGAUUAAAUAUUUCUUUAUUAAAUUAAAUUGAUAAGAGCGCAUUUUAAUUGUCUAUGUGGACAAGACGGUGACGGUUACGGCUAACUGUAAUUAAGAAAUCUAAAUUUCAAUCCAGGGUAGUAAGUCCGUCAAGUUAACUAAUCAAUGGCAAAAUACAACAUUACGGUGAACCCAUUGUGUGUUACACGUGUUUGGUACACUUUGCAAGCGGGUCGAUAAAAUAGGUGUCAAAUUUAAAAGUGAAAAUAUGGCUUUCUUAAAAAGAACAAAAGUUGUUUAGUCUUCUGAUGUCGAGGAAGCCAUAAGAUGCCAUACGUUCCUCCUGUGCUCAGACUAAAAAAGAAGAGUCAGAAGGCGCAUCCGAAAAUUUUGAAUGACAUCUAUGCGAACACAGCAUCAUAUAUCUGGCUCAGCCUUAGUGUUUCAAUAAAACUGCAAGCACAACAUAAAACAUGACGCAUUAUGCCCGGGACGAAUGCUAUCAUAAUAACAAAAACGAUGCCUUAUCCACUGACAGCCGACCAAUUAAUAACAGCACUAUCUAUAAUUAUGAUGAAGAGCAUUCGGGUGCAUAUGUCUAUGAUGAGUAUGGCGUUUCAGAAGAGUACUCUUCUGAUGUGAAUUGGCCUCGAGGUGAUGAUCAUAUAUUUGGAGAUAGAAGCUUUAACCAGAAUUAUGCGCAUUAUACAGAUGAGUAUGUCCCAGAAGAGCAGAAUGUAGCUGGGCUACCAACUGCGGAGUAUUGGGACGAGAAUAUCGGCGCUCCGAUUGAUUAUGGAGGCGCUGGUUAUGGAUAUGGCUCAACUGCACCAAUGAAACACAAUGGGUGUGGCUCGUCAACGAAAUAUUCAGAUGAUGUGCCAAUUGAAGGUACGUACACCAGAAGAGGCAAUCGCAUUGGUGUCUGCCUGCCAACCGCACCCGCGUCGUCGACGACAAUAGUAAUGGAUAAUUCAAAAUAUCGGAUGUUACCGCACGCGGCUGCUUACCAAAAUGUUCACGCUGAAAACAAUCUGAAUGGACAUUCCGGCUAUGCAUCGAAUGCUGGUUUAAUAGACGAGAGAAUAGGUAGUUUUAUUAGUUUGCCAGCGGCACCAAUGCGGACGUUACCCGAGCCUCAGCAACGACCCAGCUCCUCACAUCGAUUAUUUGAAGAUAACAACUUAAAGGCAGAUGCCUUCGGAAAUCAAAACGUGCGUGAUAGCGUAUCGGCUACACUAGGGUCAGCCAGAGGGCCCACUAGUUAUGACGUAUUCUACCAAAUGGCUCGACCCUACACAUCUAUGCUGCCGCUCGACUACACCGACUGCUCCGAGUUCGGUGGUAAUUCUGAUAACUUGUCAGCGUUCAGUGACACGCCGCCAGUGAGCAAUGCGCAGCACAAGUUGCAACAGCAGCGAAAAAUCUCACUUAUGAUGGCAAUGACAACAGCUUCUGUGAUAGCAUCUGGGGAGACAAGAGUACCGGUUCAGCACUCCAAUAGGCGCAUUGAUAAUUAUUCAGGCUCGGCCACCACUGUAGUGCCAUGUUGCGAUGAAAAUAUCAGCAUUUGUGCAUCUUCCUCCUCCUCAGUUGCCUUUACCAACGCUACUACGAUAGCUUUAGCACGCUGGUCAACAACAGACGCUCAGACAACUACUACGAUGACGACGACGACGACUACAACUAGAAAAUUGCCAAAACGUCUGCCGUCACCAGCUAUACAGUAUAAAUCGUCGCAUACGACUGGCACAUCAGUUCCCGAAGUGAUUUCAGAAAUUACAUUCCCAUCACAAGCGCAGUUUGAGAAAAAUCAUCGCGCAAAGCAGUUGCCAAAGUUGCCCUUACCAAAAGCACAAGCUAAUUUGAACUCAGUUUAUAUUGGUUCAGACAUCAGUAUCAACCGGACAGCAUCGAUGGUUUUAUCAUCAGGAAUUUCUGUUAGCUCAUCGCCAGAGAGAUUGCCUGCAAUACCAGAUUCCGAACGGAUGACUACCCACAUGGCCCCAAGUUCUCCUAUGAUGUCAACGACAGCCGUGGCCUUUGUUGAUGGUGCCAAUAAUUUUUUCCGCUUGGAGGAGAGUCAAGCAUUUACAAAAAUGUGUAGUAGAACUCAGCUCCAGAGCAAUCAGAGCGAAGUGCCUAGGUCUGUCGACUCAUUUAGAUCUUGGCCACCAACUUCGAUAGCCACCGAAUCGCUUUCAUUAUAUCAAAGUGAGCUUUCAAGCGACAAAGCCAAGCUAAAUUUCACAGUGCCCGCCAAACUCACUCAAAAAACAUCAACUGAAUUGGCGGUAGAGCAAGAAUCAUCUUCAGCGGUCCCAAAAUCAAACCAUUACCAUUCGGCUUUCACAGCAACAGAAACAACAGUAACAAUUCCUGCUUUGUGCGAAUCUAAGACAUCAUCAUUUGACAUAUCUGAUUACUUAAAACCUUAUACAUUUGAUUCACUUAAAUUUUCGACUGAAAAUGAUCACACCAUGAUCCCAACUGUCGCGAGGACUACUUUCGACACAUACGUAAGUUGUAGGGACUCGUUGGACUCAUUUAAACUGACAUCACUGGAAUCCCAAAUGCCAAAUUCGAUUACCUCAUGGACGACUAGCCCCAUUACCAUUGAAUCAUCACUGUUAAGCGGUGAUGUUGCCGCCGUUUUAACGGCACCAAAAGAGGAAAUGGUCACAACGCCACCAAGUGAGUCUUCGUCCACUUUGUCGUAUCUACCAAAUAAACCGAUCUUACCGAUCCCGACAACUAUGGAGGGUAAAAAGUCUGACCAAUUUGCAGCGACGAGUGAUUCUCACGAUGCAGUCACAACUUUAAGCCACUUGAGUAACGUGUUCACAACAAACGUUAUGGCGUCUAGUUCUUCGACAAUAGACAUCAUUAACACUAGUCCAGCUUCAGUUUCUACGCCAGCGUCAAUUAUUGCUCAUUUACCUACGCUCUCGUACAUUGAUUAUAUGAAAAAGUUUGAACUUCCUGAACUGCCGCCGAUUCUGGAUAUUUGUAGUGACGAGACAACAGCAGUUUUUCCAGAAACAAGUUCUGCAGAUAACGUUACUGCUACUACAGAUGCAGGGUUUCGAAAAUUCAAUACUAGUUUAUUCGCGGAGACAGAAACAUUUAAAAGUACAGCAACAAUGCCUUCCCAUACUCAUCCCACAGAAUCAAGCAUGCAUUGCGUGCACGAAUGUAAUGAAUUUGGAGUACAAAGCUAUCAGCCUAAUCAAUAUCAAAGCGAAAUUCCUACCUGUUCGCCAAACCUAGCCCCGAUAAAUACUGUUUCCACUCAUUCUGUUAUGAACAAAUACCAAGACAUAAUGUCAACCGAAGCAAAACUCGACAGUGGUAUCUCCUUGCAACUUGAGCCACAAAUAUCAGAAACUGUGCCAGAUUACUUAUCAAGCCACAUUGACCAGACAUUAGUGAGCACAGUUUCAGCUUUCGAUGACAGCUUUUACGAUAGCUUUAAUGUUGAUUUGACAGCGUUGACAGCAACAAUUGCACAUAUUGAAAGCGAGACGUGCUUAACUCCUGCUCUGAAGCCAAACAGCAAUGAUACGCUGAAUUAUCUGCCCUGUGAUCCAUCCAGUAACGCAUACAUGGAUGUAAGGGAAACAGGUAGUUCAAAUGAACUGAACGAGUCGUUUGGUUUUAGACAAGGGGGAUAUUACAAGCCAUCUCAAAAACAGCAACAACAGCCGUGUGUGCAAGACGAAGCUCCACAUACACCUCAGAAAUCUAAAGUCGUUGCGUCGGCAGCUACCAGCGUCCUGGGAGGUCUAUCUAAGGGAAUCAAGGGCGGAUUGGAUGGUGUGCUCAGCGGUGUUAGCUCCACGAUGGAAGCAACUAAACAGUAUCCAGCCAACAAUAACAGUAAGAAAAGUUUUGGCUUUGGAUUAGCCUCAAAAUUGGUACCGAAUGUGGGAGGAUUGCUUUCCAGCUCAAACAAGCAAGACCAACAGCAGGAAGCAGCACCAACAAUUUCCACCGUCUCUGUUAUAAUUUCAACAGCGGACAGUGCCCAACAUAUGCUCAACUGUCAAAGCACAUCAAAGGGAUAUGAAUAUGUAAAUGAAAACGUUAUUGAUACGAAUACCAACACGGACGUAAGCGUCAGUCAUACCCCGACUACUGGGUAUCUGGAAGAGUUACGGUCCGUUCAAAACAAUAGUUCCGUGCUAGAAACCAAGUCAAAUCUAGCUUAUGACUACCUCGGAAAUUAUGAACCUGAUAGCUCCGCAAUAGAGGUCAUAGGAUUAAAUGACGACUAUAGGUACGGUGAAUAUUCUGCACCGUACCAAACGACAGAUGAGGGUCAUAUUGACAGUUUAUACAGUUACACAGGUCCUUAUAAAUCAAUUGUUGGAUCUGAAAUGGAGCUAGGAUCGACCAUGGCAGUUGAUACAAUUCCUUUCACUCAAUAUCAAUCUUCAAUGUCAUCGAGUAACUUACCCGCUGCAGAACAGACCUCUAUGCUUGAAACAGGAAUCAUAUCUGUAACCGAAACCGGAACAAGUAAGUCCCAGUCAGUAGCUCCAAAGGUGGGUAUAAAAAAAGACAGAUCUAGCACUGUCGGCAGCACUGGUGGUAUGUUAGGCUCAAUUUUUGGUAAGGCUGCAGCAGCGGUACAGUCUGCUACGCAGGCGGUCAAUCAGGGUGCCUCCUCUGUUGCCUCAGCUGUGGCUCAAAAAGCAUCGACACCAUCUGCAGUUGUCACAACAGUUGGGCAAACCAAGCCCCGAGACGUGCCAGCCAUAUCGUCUUCUAACCAAAGUGCAACCCCAGUCUCGAGCGUAUCGUUUGUUUCUAACAUUGAGCAAGAACCAACGCAGGCAGCCAAUACAAUAUCGACAUCGAACGCGUCUGGAGCCAUUGGAUUUCACAGAGUUAUAGACAAUGAUUAUAACGAGCUAGUCACUAACCCGGACUCGGUGUCAAGCCAAUAUUCAACAGCUGGCGAUGAUUACGAGAAUAGCAACACUCACAUGCUUGGUGACGACAUGUCAGUGCAUAUGAAUAUCAAUGAUAAUAAAGCGUACUCUAUAUACUAUUCGGGUGGUAAUCAGAUCCAGCAAAUUGAUACCAAAGACACGCCAGCCGUACACUCAUCGAUGCUGGGUAAAGUGAUAGCUGGACAGAAGCUACUACCGGCGGUGCCGUCAGCAGUAUCCACCGGCAAAAAACUGCCCACCAUUAAUGGUAAAUCGGGGCUGCUAAUUAAGCAGCAACCAACUGAGAUCUUUGAUGAUGAAUCAGAUGAUGAUCUCACUGAAUAUUUUAUGGGACACCCCGAUAAGGUUGACCAUGAACCGAAUUAUUGCAUCGAUAGUGAGCAGGAUGAUUACUACAUGGAUCCUCAGCAGACGACACCGUCAAGUCGAGGUGCAAAUGAUUAUUAUGAACAAGUUAGUGCAGGUUAUGACUAUCGAGAGGAUUUCUUUAAUGAAGAGGAUGAAUAUAAAUAUCUUGAGCAGCAGACUCAACAGCAGCAGCAUCAGUAUCAGCAUCAGCACCAAUCACAAAAAUUAUUGCUCAGUCAUAAGCAAUCAUCAUUAGACUAUGUGGACGAUGAACAAAACGACGAUUUCUUGAACGAGACUUAUCAAAGCGAUGAGGACUGUGGCAAUUAUCUAGACGAAAGCUCGAGUGGUAGCGUUGGUAUUGCCGAAGGCCGUAAACAACAAGCGGAGGAUAACGGCUUCAUUACGGGUACGACCUCCAUUGCCACUAUGGGCAUGAAUACAACUCCAGCUAUCGCCAAUACUGCUGAGCGUAGUUCGCUUCGCACCAGCAAGGCUGCAGGGAUUUGCCUGCAGCUUGGAGAGGGUCACCAGCAAAUUAAAAAACAGGACAGCAUUAUUAUAGAAGAAGAAGAAUCAAGUCCGAUAGAUUUAAACAACGAUUGCCGUGUCGCAGCACACAUGUCGCCUGAAGGAGACGCUGAUGAUGAUGAUCAACUGGCUGAUCUGUUACCCACAGGAGGCCAGCCCCAAAAGAAGAAGAUUCUGAUGCGAGGCGAAACUGAAGAAGUUGUUAGCGGUCAUAUGCAGAUGAUACGAAAGCCGGAGAUUACGGCUAAGCAGCGAUGGCAUUGGGCCUACAACAAAAUCAUAAUGCAGCUAAAUGCCAUCCAAUUUUGAGGCGGCUUUUGGAGAAUCCAUGUGUACGGACUUAUUGCCAGCAGCGCUAUUUACGGAAAAACACAUGGAGG